ACGGUGGUCCAGGACCUGGGGCUGCACGACGGCAUCCGGCGGGUGCUCUUCGGCAACAACCUGAGCUUCUGGCUGCACAAGCUCAUCUUCGUGGACGCCGUGUCCUUCCUGUCGGGGCGGCGGCUGAGCCUGUCCCUGGACAGGUACCUGCUGGUGGACAUCGACGACAUCUUCGUGGGGAAGGAGGGCACGCGGAUGAACGUCAGAGACGUGAAGGCCUUACUAGAGACUCAAACCUUACUGCGCACUCAGGUUGCCAAUUUUACCUUCAACCUUGGAUUUUCAGGGAAGUUUUACCACACAGGGACCGAGGAGGAGGACGCGGGCGACGACCUGCUGCUCAGGUCGGUGGACGAGUUCUGGUGGUUCCCCCACAUGUGGAGCCACAUGCAACCCCACCUCUUCCACAACGAGUCCUCGCUGGUGGAGCAGAUGGCCCUCAACAAGGAGUUCGCCCUGGAGCACGGCAUUCCCGUCGACAUGGGCUACGCGGUGGCCCCGCACCACUCGGGCGUCUACCCGGUGCACGGGCAGCUGUACGCGGCCUGGAAGCAGGUGUGGGGCAUCCAGGUGACCAGCACGGAGGAGUACCCGCACCUGAAGCCCGCGCGGCACCGCAGGGGCUUUGUCCACGACGGCAUCAUGGUCCUCCCCCGGCAGACCUGCGGGCUGUUCACCCACACCAUCUUCUACAAGGAGUACCCCGGGGGACCCCAGGAGCUGGACAAGAGCAUCCAGGGAGGCGAGCUCUUCCUCACGGUCCUGCUGAACCCAAUCAGCAUCUUCAUGACCCACCUGUCCAACUACGGCAAUGACCGCCUGGGGUCCUACACCUUCGUGAACCUGGCCAACUUCGUGCAGAGCUGGACCAACCUGCGCCUGCAGACGCUGCCGCCUCUGCAGCUGGCCCGCAAGUACUUCGAGCUCUUCCCGGAGCAGAGGGACCCGCUCUGGCAGGAUCCCUGCUGCAGGGAGAGAGAGAGAAACAUCAGUGAUGAGAGAAUCAUUGACCGUCUGCCUCCUGUCCUUGUUCUGGGGCCACUCAGAACCAGCACCACAGCCCUGUACCUGUUCCUGCUAAUGCACCCGUCCAUCGUCGGCAGCCUGCCCAGCCCCCGCACCUUCGAGGAGGUGCAGUUCUUCAACGGGAACAACUACCACAAGGGGAUUGACUGGUACAUGGAUUUCUUCCCAACGCCGGCCAAUGUCACCAGCGACUUCCUGUUUGAAAAGAGCGCCAACUACUUCCACUCGGAAGAAGCUCCCAAGCGGGCGGCCUCCCUGGUGCCCAAGGCCAAGCUCAUCACCAUCCUCAUCGACCCCUCGGACAGGGCCUACUCCUGGUACCAGUUGCUGAUUAUUGACGGACAGCAGCUGAGGUCCGACCCGGCCGCUGUGAUGGACGGCGUCCAGAAGUUUCUGGGAGUGACGCCGCGUUACAACUACUCAGAAGCACUGACGUUUGACCCCCAGAAGGGCUUUUGGUGCCAACUGCUGGAAGGAGGGAAGACCAAAUGCCUGGGGAAAAGCAAAGGCCGGAAGUACCCGCCCAUGGACCCCCAGGCCAGAGCCUUCCUGUCCGGCUACUACCGGGACCACAACGUGGAGCUGUCCCGGCUGCUGCACCGGCUCGGGCAGCCCCUGCCGGCCUGGCUGCGCCAAGAGCUGCGGAAGGCCAGGUAGCGCCCGCGGGCACCGGGCCG